AUGACCAGACUGCGCCUGCCGGGAUCUUUCUUUGAGAUCUCUCGCUUGUCUUUCAUUCACGCUCCACCUCUCCACUUCCGCACCGCAGCUCUACCAACACGCCCGCGCAGCUUCUCCAAACCUCUCCUACAGACUUGCUCAGCUAGCUACCACCCUCUCAUGCGUGGCCGCGAAUUUGAAUCACAUUCUCCCGAGCCAGCGAGCAAGAGACGACGCAUAUCGACCUCCCCCCUCACGCGGGGUGCCUUGCGCGAAGAAAUGGCACCAACCCACAUCCACCCCACCAUCGAGCUCACUCCGAUCGAAAGCACCCUCCGAACCCUCCUCCUGGACGUUGCGCAAUACAUACAGCAAAAUGGAAUUGUGGAAGAAGGCAGCAACGAGCUGAGAUACCCCGAAACCGUGUUGCGAUUCACAGGUGGUUGGGUUCGAGACAAACUGCUUGGGGUCGGCAGCCAUGACAUCGACGUGGGGAUUAGCAGUAUGACGGGUAACCAGUUCGGAAAUGCCCUGAAGGAAUAUCUGGAUAUCCCUGAGAACCUUGAAAAAUACAAAAAGGGAUUGCCCAAUGGUGAAAUCAAUGAUGCCAUUGUCAGUAUCCACAAGAUCGAUGCCAACCCCGAAAAGUCAAAGCACCUGGAGACGGUGACAACCAAGAUCUUCGGACUGGAUAUUGACCUGGUCAACUUGCGCAAAGAGACAUACACAGACGACAGUCGCAAUCCACAAAUGGAGUUCGGUACAGCGGUGGAAGAUGCUUUGCGACGAGAUGCCACGAUCAAUGCGAUGUUUUAUAACCUCAAUGAAUCCUGCUUAGAAGACUUGACGGAGCAAGGAUUGGAAGACAUGAAGAAGAAUAUUAUACGCACACCAUUGGAACCAUAUCAAACAUUCAAGGACGACCCUCUCCGGGUACUGCGAUUAAUCCGAUUCGCCAGUCGAUUGGAGUAUUCAAUCGACGAGGAAGCAGAGAAGGCUAUGCGAAAUAAGGAUAUUAGCGAUGCAUUGAAGCUGAAGAUCAGCAAGGAACGCGUUGGAACCGAGUUGGAGAAGAUGCUGCGCGGGCCCCAUCCUCUUCACGCGUUGCAAUUUAUUGAUCGAAUCGGAAUUUACUCGACUAUCUUUGCCAAUCACCACGACCAGGCCGUUGCCGAUACGUCGAGUUGGUCUCUUGCCUACAAUUCUCUGCAGCAGAUCUUAUACCCAGAGCCUGGAUCUCUCGAAGCCGAUAUCGAUCGCCUGCGUGCGAUCCUUAUGCAUCGUGAUGACAGCGCUUACUAUGCCUGGAUGAUUGCAACAUUUGCUCCAUGGACAUCAGUCCCUAUCCGAACUCUUCCCGGUCCAAAGGGGAAGCCUCUUCCCACUCGACCCGUUGAGGUUGCCCGAGACGGCCUCCGCUGCGACAAUAAAAACCUGAUGGUCCUCCGUGACGCGACAUUAAACUUUGCCGAUAUCAUCAAGUGGAAGAACUCCUUGUUGGCAAACGAGAUCAGUGGCACGCCGGCCGAGAUUCGCCAGCAGACCGGGCUGCGAAUCCGAGGCUGGGGCAAGGAUUGGAGGUUGUGUAUGGUAUUGGCCAUCCUUCAAGAAGUCAUGCAGGGAAGAGAUCUCAGCAAAGUGGUUCGGGAAUACAACCAAUUCCUUGCGUAUAUUGUAGAUAGUGAUUUAGAAAGCGUAUGUGAACUCAAGCCCAUCGUGAAUGGAGCUGAAAUCAUGCAAACCCUGGGCAGUCCACCAAAAGGGCCCUGGAUGAGCAAAGCGACGGCGUUGGCGAUGGAAUGGCAGUUGCUGCACCCCGCGGGCGAUAAAGCGGCAGCGCUGGACGCGAUUGUCGACCGCCGCGCAGAGUUGGGCUUGUGA